GUCGUAGGUCCGAGAGGAUGCGAAGAACCUCAUGAAUUUCUGAACGGAUUUGUGCGAAAGUCUUGCACAGGUGUUAUCACGAGUGCAAGAGGAGAAGUUGACGUAGGAAUCAGCACAGAUUGCAUCAGAGACGGCAAGUACGUGCCCGGAAGCACAGUGGAAUACAAGUGCGACGAUCAUUAUGUCAUCAAGGGAUCGCGGGUCCGAAUCUGCACAGAAAGCGGAAAAUGGACUGGCCACGUCCCCUUCUGCGAUCCGGCAUGCAGCCCUCCUCCCAUCCUAGAAUGCGGGAAGAGGCGAUUGGUGACGGGGUUGUCGGCCGGGGGCAAGCCGUCGAGUCUCGGAGAAUGGCCAUGGCAGGCUGCCAUUUACGAUGUCAAUAAGAAACUCAUCGUUUGCGGAGGGGCUCUCAUUCGAAAAGAAUGGGUUCUCACGGCAGCUCAUUGUAUCGCAUAUGGUAGUUCCUCGCGGCCACGGCCUCAGAAUGACUUCCACGUUUAUUUGGGGAAACAUUAUCGGAAUGAUUCAUUGGACGAUGACUUUGUGCAGCAUACA